GUAACUCAAGAUGGGUUCAGGCUAUGGAAUGGAGUGGUCAGAAAGAGUUUGUAGCAUCUCCCGAUGUCCCUUUUGAAGUUGACAGUGCUGAAGCUGGGUUGUUGAAAAGCCACGGGCCUCUGAGUUUCCUGAAGGUUCACGAUGCUGGACACAUGGUUCCAAUGGAUCAACCUAAAGCUGCCUUAGAGAUGCUGAAGAGAUGGAUUGGAGGCACCCUUUCUCAGCAGACGACUGAGACCGAAGACUUGGUUGCUUCAAUAUGAUUUCUGAUAUAUGUAAAUAUUACUCUCAUCCUCAUGUUAGAUGGCCUCUUUAGCAGCCACUGAGGAUUGGUGGCCUUGUCCAAACUUUCUUUGCCACUGUACUUUUGAAUGAAAGCAAUGACUAAAACUUUCUGGAGAUAUGAUAAAAUUCUGAAGACGCAUUUAGAAAAUAUGCAUAUAUUAUUGUGGGAUAUCUAAGAAGAUAUCUAUAUUGCCUAGCGUUCUCCUCCUUAUGUACUGUUGAAGUAGUGUGAUAAAACAAUCAAUCACACUACGUUAUAGUCCCAAUUCCCAAAUUAAGCUAGAUUCAAGUAUAUGAAUGAUCUACAGUCAUUCUGUUCGA